AUGGCUACUGUCGGUGUGAUGUGUCCGGAGUGUGGCUCGAUCGACGUAGUGGACGACCAACAUUAUUCACAGCCACAACUUGUAUGUGCAGAUUGUGGCGCUGUGGUAUCCGAAGGUCUACUCACCACUACCCGAAGUGAAGAGACACAGGGCACAGGUAGCUAGUUAGCUAACUAACUAUGGUCCUCUGUAGCUCAGCUGGUAGAGCACGGCGCUUGUAACGCCAAGGUAGUGGGUUCGAUCCCCGGGACCACCCAUACACAAAAAUGUAUGCACGCAUGACUGUAAGUCGCUUUGGAUAAAAGCGUCUGCUAAAUGGCAUAUUAUAUUAUUGAUCUGUCACCUUCUUAGCACAAUGAUUUAUGCAGCUGCCUGGAAGAAUGUGCUUUCCUACUGAGUGUUGGUCAUGCAGUCUUCUGUAAGGCUAUCAACAUGCCUGCUGGCUAUAUUGUGACUGUGAUUUAAUUGAACACUUUGUUUGUAUUUCCUUGUCUGCUUGUUUUGGUCCUGUAGAUGUAAGAUACAGUAAUAGCACAGAAGUAGACAAGAAGCCAUGCCGGAAUCAAAUCAAAGGUAGGAACUGCACAGUUUCCCUGUAGAACUACUGACUACCUAUUUCUGACACAAUGUGAGGGUUGGAUAUCACAAAAUACUGUGUAUUUUAAUCAUGUCUGGCUGGCAAUACUGUAUCACUUCUUCCAAACAGGCAUACACCGGGUGCGUGCUCUCUGUCGUAUUCUCAGACUCACCUUCCUCAUGGAGGAGACUGCAGAGACCUAUUUCAAGCAGGCCUAUGAGCACCCUAACUUCAUCAGGGUCAGCCUGCAGAAGAAAGAGGUUCUGGCAGGAUGCUGUGUGCUGGCGACCUGCAGGCAGCACAGCUGGCCCAUCGCCAUGGGAACCAUUAGUUGUCUCCUGGAGGCGAACCCCAGGCUGAUAGGUGUGGUCUACCAGGAGAUGGUGAAGACUCUGAAGAUAGAGGCUCCCCCCUCCAGCAUCAUUGACCUACUGGAGACACACUGUCAGGCGUAAGUGUGUAAUCAAUCACUUCAACUAAAAACAUUAGCCUUGAUUGCCUGAUAAAUAAAUUGCCUGACAAAUGUUAUUUGGUAGACAUUUGAUGCUUAUUGAGAAACUGUAUUUUCUCUGCUUUCACUGUCAGAUACAAACUAAGCUCUCAACAUGUCCAUGAAGAGUUGUCGGUGUCCUCCAAGGAUUUGACAAAGCGAGCUGCUGUCCUGUUGGAGCUGGCUGCAGAUGCCUGGCUGGUGACUGGCCGCCAGCCCAUCCCCAUCCUCACGGCCUCCAUCUUCCUGGCCUGGCAGUCCCUGAAACCCACCCAGACCCGGCUCAAAUACACACUGGCCAGGUUCUGCCAGAUGGCCAAGGUGACCAAGUCCUCCAUAGCUCCGAAGCGGGUGACCGAGCUGAAGGAGGUGCUGUGUAAGCUGGGCCAGGAGCUGCCCUGGCUGAGGGGGGAUGAGGUGACACCUCAGACUGUGAUCCAGAUGGUGGAUGACAUCCUGAACCAUAGACUCACCCUACUGAGGAGGGCCCUGAGCAGCCACGAGGAAGCCCUGGCCUCUGAAUCAAAACUCCCACCAAGCUUAGAGGGCUCCCUACCUGGACCCCACAACAACACGCCCUGCCUGGAGGGUUCAGCUUCAUCCCAGACCCCAGUGCAGACCCCUCAAGAACCCUUUGUGGGGGAACCAGACACAGGGAGCAUCCAGCAACAAGGAGAUGUUGACCUGACAUACACUGUUGUAAAGGAUGGGUUGUCCCAUACUGGGCCUGACACAGACUCUCAGCACAACCAGCCCUCAGCACCAAACUCUGGCAAGAGGAGUUUGUUUGAACCCCCUUCUGUGAGGUACGCUAAGAUAAGGAGGGUGCAGGUCCCGGUGGUGGAGGUGACAGGUGAUGAGGAGAUCUCAGACAGUGAGAUUGACAGUUACAUCCGUACUCCUCAGGAGAUCAGAGACUACGUUGAGGCUAAAGAGGCAUUAGCUUCCUCUGAUGAUGAGUUCUGACAGGAAGGGAUCACCUUGUAACCAGGUGAUUUAGUUAUACUGCACUGUCUGAUCUGUAAUGCAUUAUAAUGUACAAAUAUGCAACUAUUUGGCUAACUAUUUAUUUUGUAUGAAUAUUGAAUAAUCUCUUGUACCCUUCAGGUCAUAAGGCUACACAUUAAAUCUACUGAUUUCAAAACAGUCACCAACAGUGUUGAGGACUAUAUUCAUUUUGAUGGUGAUUUUAUCCUUAAUUUGUUAGUUUAAUUGAAAGGUUCUUCUUUGGCUGAUCAAUUUUAUUGCAUUGAAUUUGGAUGCACACACACCUAUGUUACUAAACAGUCUGUACUUCAAGUACAGUAUAUGGGCAUGUUUUUCUGUUUGAAGUGGCCAAAUGGAUUCCUCUGCUUUGUGGUUCUCUGCAAAUUAUCUAUUUGACUAAUUACAGUGGCCUAAACCCAGUUCAUCGUCUCAGGCCGGCUGUCAGUGAUUUUAGAGCACAUUCGCCUAAUUAGUGUCAAUGUUGUCACAGCACCGCCUGUAGCCUAAAAUUGUUUUUUGAAACAGUCAAUACUGUUGGUUAUUAGGUUGUCUACAGCUGUCAGCCUAAAAUAUUUCUGUAUUUUUUUGUUGGAAUUUUAGUUUUUACAAAAGUUAGGCAUUAGUCAUCUAGAUUUGAACUCUGUUGCUGAAGCCACAUUGUUCUCUAGUGUGUGUUUUUUUUGCCCUCCGGACGUUAACUGAUGUUGUGGUGAGAGGAUUGUUACCAUAGCAAAAAAUAAACAUAUUACCAUAUAUAAAAUAUACAUAUUUUUUUUACUUGGAUUAGUGC